CAUACGGGUUAUCGUAAUGGCUGCGCCCAUGGGGAAACAAAAGUACAAGAAGUGAACCUAAAUAAAUUGGAAAACCCUACAGAUACACUCCGAGAGACAACAAAGUUUAGAUUAUGUCUAAAAGUAGGGUAGCAAACGGAUCGGUAAAUUCACCCAAUCGGCUAGAUUUGCAGACAGAACCAACACCAUGCUGGACUGAUGAUUUGCCAGUGUGUCAUCAUUCCGGUGUAGGUUUCUCCACCAAUCAGAUCUAUAGAGAAGAUGGCAAUAGACGAGAAGAACACGAGUUUGAGGAUAAAAACUUCCACUUCAGUCAGGAUGGUGUAUGUUUGUAUGGUGUAUUUGAUGGACAUGAUGGGUCUCGAGCCUCUAACUUUGCUGCACAGAGGAUGCCAGCAGAACUGUUACUGGGCCAGCUGUCAGGCAAGACCACAGAUGAGGAAGUUAAGGAAGUGCUGUAUCAGGCAUUUAUAGAGGUGGAGAAAAGUUUUUUUGAGUCAAUAGAUGAGCAACUUGUUGCCAGAACAACACUACAGUUACAGCUUCCUGAGGGUAUCAGUUACCAUGAAGCCUGUCAGCAGUACCCAGACAUCAUCAGUCAACUUCAUGCUCUUGACAAGGAAAUCUACGGUGGUACAACUGGGACAGUGGUGCUCAUAUACAAAGAUAAACUAUAUGUAGCUAAUGUUGGUGAUACCAGAGCCUUGUUGGUACAAACAGAUGCUGGUGGGAUUAUGAGUGUGAGACAACUUACCGUGGAACAUACCAUAGAAUCAGAGCAGGAGCAAGCUCGUUUGGCCACUCUGGGGCUUGAUGUUGAUAAAUUAUACCAGAUGAGAAAAAUUGGAACCUCGGACUGCACACGGUGUAUAGGGGACUUCCAUACAAAAGGCGGUUAUAAAGAUAUUGAAAUACUAAGUCAAGCAGUACGAGAGCCAGUGAUUGCAGAGCCUCAUGUGUCUGAUGGUUACCCUAUAGACAGCUCUAGUAGUUUCCUGUUGAUCAUGUCGGAUGGGUUAUAUCAUGCUCUACAAGAUGCUACAGAAACAGCGCGGGUGAAUACUGAAGUCGCACAGAUGGUGGCUAGUGAGUUUAAUGUUCAGUCCACACUAAAUGGUGUGGCACAGGCAUGUGUUGAUAAAGUGGUCAGAAUUCACCAUGACAGUUUUAUGAUGGGAACGCUUGAAGUGAAGGCACGUUGUCACAAGAGAGGGGACAUAACUUUAUUGGUCAGAAACUUUAAUUACAUAUUACCAAAUGCAAUUGGUACGCCAACUGGUGGGAGCCGGUUUUUGCCAGUUUCUGUGCCUUAUUAUCCAUCACCACGUCCUCCUGUCCCACCAUCUAUCUCAAUACCAGACUCAACUCCAUUAACAUUUGGUAAUGAAAGUACUCAAGAUGAGGCUACAACCCCAGUUGCUUCAGAUCAGAGCCCAUCCAGGAGUCCGGGAACAAAUAGUCUACUUGAUACGAAUCGUGAACAAACCCGUGACUCCCAGGCCAGCACUGAAACAUACAGCACCACAAAUUCUACACAGAGUAGUGAAGAAACAAGGUUUCCUAGUCGUUUUUAUAAACGUGAAAAACUUAUUCUUGAUGAAAAUGGUCGUGUUGAAGCCUAUGUUGAUUUCUCAGAUUUUUAUCGUGCUAUUGAAGCUAUGACUGAUUCUCAAAGAGAGACUUUGAAUAAUGAGACAAAACCAAAGUCAGGUUAUGAAACAAUUGUGGAGGAACCAACAGCGUCUGCUACCAGUCCUGUCUCUUCACAACCAUUGCCUGGAACCUCUACUGCUGAUACUUGAACGCAAAAGUCUCCAUUGAAACCUAAGUUUUUUCGUUUAUCGAGUGACAUACAAAUCAUGUUUUAACAACAGACAUACAUAUAAGUUUGAGCUUUUUCACUCAAGAUAAUGAGUUUGAAAGUAAGCUCAUUCUCAAGGCUGUAGAAUGUUUUACUUUGUUGCAAUGUUAUCAUCAGACACUAUAUGUAGUACUCGCUGAAAUCUAGAUAUUUGAGAUCCUUGACUGUACAACUGGUGUGGUACUGUAAUACAUAGCAUUAUAUCUGCUAGUCAGUUAUUAGCUCACCUGACCAUAGAGUCAAAAACUGCCAGCUCAGUUUUUGAACAGUUUUACACAAAUGUUCCUUUGGUGUCUCUUUACCAAGAUUGUUUAAAUAAUUGCGAUCCAUCACAAAAGAUUGCACCCAGUGAGCAUUGUCAUAUGGUAGAAACCUUUAAAUUCUACUAAACGUGUAAAAUGCCAUCUUCAUUUUUCAAAGUCAAAACAUGGCUGCCAGGGUUCUCUGUUUUUUCCCUUUAUGACUCUAUGGAAUUCUUUGAAAAUUUUCUUUGCUGAAUCUGCAAGCCAAUUUGCGAAGUAAUUUGGCAGAAAUGUUAACCUGCUUGAGCUAUGGAAUUAUUGUGAGUGAUAUAGAGCCAUCAUGGUCCUCUUGUUUAUGUAUUUAUACUAGAUAAAAAUCUAGGAGUAUGUACUUGUGCUUAUGAAACAGCCAUUUGUUAUGUUACAACCUGGAAAUUUCAUGCAAUCAGUUAUAAAUGAUUUUGCAGCAUUAUACUCGGUUAUAAACACAAAUUAUCUGCUUACUGUCUGUAUAACAAGUUAUUUUGUAUUACAUAAAAUAAAAUAAUCUUUAAAUUUU